UAGGAUUUUCUUGAGGUGUACUUGUAAAAAGAGCGAAUAUGAGUUUUAACAUUUUGAAUAUUGGAGGUCAUGUAUUGGUUGAUAACUCAGUUGUGAGUCGAGAAAUGCAUAGUCAUUUACCCUAUGCCAACGCAACUUUUAACCAUUGUGAUGAAAUAAGGAUACCUAUUCAGACUCAAGAUAUAUACACCUUACCUUCUGAGAGUUAUCUGUAUAUUGAAGGGCGUCUAACGGAUGAUGGGAAAGAAAGCACUACUUUGCGUUUUGUUAAUAAUGGUUUGAUGUAUUUAUUUGAUGAGAUACGAUAUGAAAUUGGAGGCUGUGUAAUAGAUAGAGUGAGAAAUUUAGGUAUAACAACGACAAUAAAAAACUAUGUUUCGUUUACGCAAAGUGAAUCUAACCGAUACAAAAGUAUAGGCUGGAACUAUGAAAAACCAUCAUCAAUAACAACUGACGCAAAAGGAAAUUUUAGUGCGUGUAUUCCACUCAAACUGUUACUUGGUUUUUCAGAAGAUUAUACUCGAAUCCUGGUUAACAUCCGCCAGGAACUUGUAUUGAUAAGAAGUUCAACAGAUUUAAAUGCAGUGACGUCUACAAUGGAAAAUGCAAAACCAAAAAUUGAAAUAUUUAAAUUUAUAUGGAAAAUGCCGCAUAUUCAAGUGUCAGAUUCGGAAAAGUUACGUUUAUACAAAUUUAUUGAAAAUGGAUCUAAUUUAGAACUUGCAUACAGAAGUUGGGAAUAUCAUGAAAUUCCGCUACUACCACAAACAAUGAAAUUUAACUGGAACGUAAAAACUACUAGUCUACUAGAAAGACCACGAUUUGUUUUGUUUGCUUUACAGACUGCCAAAAAGAAUGCCAUAAAAGAAGAUGCGAGCCAUUUCGAUCAUUGUAAUAUUACAAACUUAAAACUAUUUCUAAAUUCUGAAAUGUACCCGUAUGACAAUUUGAACUUGAACUUUGAUAAGAAACAGUAUGCCAUUGCAUAUGAAAUGUAUGCACAAUUUCAACAGUCGUACUAUUAUAAAGUUGGAGAUCCAUGUCUUAGUUUGGAGCAAUUUGGUUCUUUUGCCCCCAUAUUUGUUAUUGACUGCAGCAGACAAAAUGAAUCAGUUAAGUCGGGAAGUGUUGAUAUGAGAAUAGAAAUUGAAACCAAUAAGAAUAUACCAGUUAAUACAGCAGCUUAUUGUAUAAUUAUACAUGACCGUAUUGUUAAUUAUAAUCCGCUAACUAAUGUAGUUCAAAUGUUUUAACUGUAUUUUAUCUAUUGUGAA